CCAGUUGUUUCCAGAUCUACUAAGGUAGAAUGACUGGUUAUUGUUCCUUCAUCUUCAGUUUUCUUUUAUCAUCAUCUGACUGGUUUAUGAAAUUUAUAAUUUCAGGUUCCUUCCAUCCUUUGUUUCUUUGCUCCUUGUCUAUUCCCUGACUGGUUUAUGAAAUUUUUAUAGUUUCAGGGUAUUUCAAAGGAGGUUACAGUUACUGGCAGUUUGAAAAACAUGACUCUUAACAUCAGGUCUGGUUUUAUUCUUGAGCACCUCCCUCUCUAUCCAACACACACAUGCACAAUGUGGUGGACACAGAAGUGAUUAACUUUUAUAUUUUUGAGUUGCCAGGAAGAGUCUGUAAUGGUAAUGCUCCAGAGAUACAAAACAUUUCCACCACCUUAUAAAUAGCUAAUGUAUUUUUUAUGCUUGUAUUGAAUAGAAUCUGAUUUUUCAGCAGGUUGAAAAUUACCAGGUCUAAAGACCUUCCUGACCAAGGUAAAUGUAAAUCAAAUCAGAGCAUUGGAGUUUUGGGGCACAACAAUCUUGACAAAGAAGGGAAAGGGCAGAAGGUGAGCUUCAACUAGAGAAAUAUGGAAGAAUCUUUAGGCAAUCAAAUUUCUUAUUGCUUGGAGAAAUUCAAAUUUAGGAUUCAAAUCAGUGUACAUUUCUGUACUUGGUGAAUUUCUCAAGAAACAGUAGAUAAAUCUAUAGUUCAUUUCAGGUGUGGUUAAUCUUGGGAACUUGCACAAAUUUGAAGAACUUUAUGUUGCUCUAAUGUAACCCUUAAACAGGCCUUUUCCCAUAUGUUUUUAAAUCUUGUAAGCAUUUUGUGGAACUUUUUCAGGGAAAGGACAACAACGAUGCCAGAAUUAAAAGAGAACCAAAAAUUCUGACAAGGAGUCACAAAGCACCAAUUCCAAAGAUGGAUCACAAGAUUUCACCAUGGCAGUCCACAGACCUAAAGCAUGCUCAAAGGAAACAGAGGUAUGACAUCUCUAUCUCACUUAUGGUUGAAUUAUAUAAUACAACACACUGAGGUUUCAUCUUAAGUACACCCUCCCACAGUUUCAAAUAUAAACUUUUUCCCUCUAAUACUGUAACCCCUGGCAUUUCCAUUUUAGUGGUAAGCAUGAACUUCAGUCUAUGGAAUUUGCAAAACCGAGUCUAUUUUUCUCUGUACAUUGUUCUUUUAUUGCAUUUGGUGCAUGGUGCCACUGUCCCCUUUAACAGUUUUUC